AUGUCGGCCCAAGAUCCAACGCCGCUCCCUCCCACAACAAUUCUUACCACAAAGCCAAUAUCGCAAACUCUCGCACACGACUUUCUCGCCGCAUACCUCGACCGCGCAACUACAGAUCCAGCACUUCAACCCAAUGCCGGAAUUAGCGAGCACGGCCCCGUCUCGCGAACGACAGCCGCCGCGCCCAAUAUCAUCUUACACAAUCUGAAGCGCGUCCAGGCGGGGCUUGCGGGGGAAGUUUUGGGUCGGGAUUUGGCUAUCGCGAAGCUAAAAGAGGGAGCGAGGAGAGCGGCACAGAAUGGGGUGGACGGAGCAGGCGGGUGGGAGGAUAAGAAGCAGUUUGAGCAUGGGCAGGAGCCGGAAAAGGAGCAGAACGGUGUGGAUGAUGUGAUGGAUGUGGAUGAAGAGGGAGAGACUAGGCCUGUGGAUAAGGAGGAGAGGAAGCGGAAGAAGAAGGAGCGGAGAAAGGCUGAAAAGAAGGCAAAGUUGAAGGUGGCGGAUGAGUAG